GUAGGGGGUUUCCUAUCUAUCCAGCCCAGCUCUGUGCUCUGAAUUCUCUGCAGUCUGCAUCAGCAAAGUGUCUUGGCAUCACUUCUCGUCCUUCCUUUGGUGUCCAUUCCGGCGUCAUGUGAAAGGGGUUCACGGUGGUUUCUCUCGCCCCCGACCGGACCCUCCUCCGUCGAGCACAUUCGUCAGCCCUGACGUCCUCGCCCCGGUAGUCCCGGUGGGGUAGCGCCCGUGUCCCCGCUGUGCCCGGUUCAUCCUGCAUCCUUCGGCGUGCGGCGGAGCGGAGGAUGAGCGAGCAAGGGAAGGGCUCGGCAUCCGCCUCUGCCGCGGCCCCGGCACCAGGGUCGGACACUUACAAAGGCUGGCUUUUUAAAUGGACCAACUAUUUGAAAGGGUACCAGCGGCGAUGGUUUGUCCUCAGCAAUGGCCUGCUUUCAUACUACAGGACACAGGCAGAGAUGGCCCAUACGUGUCGUGGAACAAUCAACUUAGCCACGGCGCACAUUGACACAGAGGAUGCCUGCAAUAUUGUCCUGAGCAGUGGCGGCCGCACUUACCACCUGAAGGCUAGCACAGAAGUGGAGCGGCAGAGAUGGGUCACAGCAUUGGAGCUGGCAAAGGCUAAAGCCAUACGCAUGAUGAACGAUCAGUCUGAUGACUCGGGGGACGAGGAGCCUACGUCCCAGUCGGACCGCAGCGAGAUUCAGGGCACCCUGAAAAUACUUGUAAGCAAGCUCGAUGACCUCAGCACAUGUAACGACCUGAUCGCAAAGCAUGGGGCGGCCCUCCAGCGUUCCCUGAGUGAACUCGAGGGUCUGAAAAUCCCCGUCGAGGGAGGGGAGAAGAUAAAAGCAGUCAAUGAGCGUGCCACCCUCUUCCGCAUCACUUCCAAUGCUAUGAUCAAUGCAUGUCGAGACUUCUUGGACCUGGCAGAGACUCACAGCAGGAGAUGGCAGCGGGCGCUGCAGUAUGAGCGAGAGCAGCGUACCCACCUAGAGGAGACCAUUGAGCAGCUAGCCAAGCAGCAUAACAGCCUGGAGCGAGCGUGGAGAGAAGCACCCACGCUUGUUUCCACCACACCCAGUGCCCCAACCGCCAACAAGGGAGGGAGUGAGAGGCUGCACAAAGAAGAAGCGAGUGAUGAAGAUGAAGAUACUGAGUACUUUGAUGCCAUGGAGGAUUCCCCUGCAUUUAUCACAGUGACUGCCACUGAGAACACACAGCACAGGCGAUCCCAGAGUAAUUUGAGUGGAGCGAGCGGAGGUCAGCCCAGUGACUGGAACCAGGACGACCAUAUGUCUCCCAGCUGUAAUGAUGUGUCAGGGAAGGAGCUGCAGCCCCGCAGACAGAGGCGGACUCGUGUCCCAGACAAGCCCAACUACUCUCUCAAUUUGUGGAGCAUCAUGAAGAACUGCAUCGGCAAGGAGCUCUCCAAAAUUCCCAUGCCUGUAAACUUCAACGAGCCCCUGUCAAUGCUGCAGCGUCUCACCGAGGACCUGGAGUAUCAUGAGCUUCUGGACAAGGCGGCGCGCUGUGACUCCUCCCUGGAGCAGAUGUGCCUGGUCGCUGCCUUCUCUGUCUCAUCCUACUCCACCACGGUGCACCGGACAGCCAAGCCCUUCAACCCCCUCUUAGGCGAGACUUAUGAGCUCGACCGGCGGGAGGAGUUUGGCUAUCGUUCGCUUUGUGAGCAGGUGAGCCAUCACCCCCCUGCAGCUGCACAUCAUGUGAUUUCCCAACGAGGCUGGACCCUGUGGCAGGAAAUCACCAUCGCCAGCAAGUUCCGUGGCAAAUACCUCUCUAUAAUGCCUCUGGGUGCCAUUCACCUGCACUUUCACGCCAGCGGGAACCACUACGUGUGGAGAAAGGUCACCUCCACGGUGCACAACAUCAUCGUGGGCAAGCUGUGGAUUGACCAGUCGGGGGACAUUGAGAUUGUGAAUCACAGGACCAAGGAGACCUGCCAACUCAAGUUUUCUCCCUACAGUUAUUUCUCCAGGGACGUUCCUCGGAAGGUGACUGGUGUGGUGGCAGACAGUGGAGGCCAGGCUCACUACAUCCUCUCUGGUACAUGGGAUGAUAAAAUUGAGAGUGCCAAGAUCGUUCAGAGCAGCCGAGGGGGCAGUGGAUCAGAGGGCAAGCAGAAGACGGUCUAUCAGACGUUGUCGCCCAAACUGCUGUGGAAGAAAUACCCUCUCCCGGAGAAUGCUGAGAACAUGUACUACUUCUCAGCACUGGCACUGACCCUGAACGAGCAAGAGGAUGGAGUGGGACUGACCGACAGUCGUUUGAGACCCGACCAGAGGCUGAUGGAGGAGGGGCGAUGGGACGAGGCAAACUCAGAGAAACAGAGGCUAGAGGAGAAACAAAGAGCUGUGAGAAGGAGGAGGGAAGCGGAGGCCUCAGAUGCUCUGGAUGAAGGCAAAGAAUACGAAGGCUACCAGCCGUUGUGGUUUCACCAGAGGAGGGACUCAGUCACUGGAGAGACAAACUUUGUGUACAAGGGAGGUUACUGGGAGUCAAAGGAGAGGCAGGACUGGAGCAUGUGUCCUGACAUCUUCUAACCCCGGAGCUCAGCCUGGAUCACUCCUAACCUCAUCGGACAGGGAUCUGCUCUGCCUCCGGUCCUUCAGCAAUGCGGCAUAGCUGGCUUAUGAGCACCAUGUGGACCUCUAGUGAGCAUGAGAAUGUGUAUGUUUCACACACUCUCAGAUUACCUCCAAAUGUACACUCUCAAUCUGUUUUUACUAUGGGGGAAAAGAAGCGAGAGUCUUUGACACUAUACUGAAACAGCAGUGAGAUAAUGUGUGGAUGUGAGGUGGUGUUGGUUAGUGCGAAUACCGCCACAAUAAAGGCACCUGCACACUCCUGAAAUCAGGUGCUCCAUAAAUCUUACUCACAAUGCACUUUUCUGCGUUCACCCCAUUUAAGAGUUUUUACUGAUUGGACCGAAACCCACAUCAAUGCAGCUCACGAUUAUCCGACAACUAACAGCAAGAAAAUCAUACACAGGCAAAUAGAAACACACCCGUGUUGAAUAACAAUAUUGGGAUUGUACAUUUCUGCAAACCACAAAUACGUUACAUUUGUACACCAUUAUGUCGUGGACAUGUUGAAACUUUAUGUUCCAACAAUGCUGUGGUUAACAUGUGAUUAUCAUAGACUGUAUAUAAAGAUGAACAAGGACUUACCAUUUACUCCCACUGUACAAAAAUAGAGCCAAAAUAUUCCAUGUACAGCCACUGCUGUGUUGUGCUGGUGACAUCAUUUGGAGCCAGAGUCUGUACCUGUCCAACCAGUCGUGAGCCAUGCCAUUGAUCGCAAGCACUCCAAUUGGCUCACAUAGCUGUCAAUCAUGACGUCAAAUCCCUUUUUUAUAGCAUCAAAUAACAAAUUAAAACCAAACUUAAUCAGGAAAAAAAACACCUGAACAUACAUCAGUGUGAUGAGAACUCCCUUAAAUGAUAGAAAACAUCACUGGAAAACAUCAUCACAAGUUUGGCUCAUGUCCCACCUGCUUACAUGGAAGGGGCAGGGUUUAUGACCUGUACUGCAGCCAGCCACCAGGGGGCAAUUGAGAUGUUUUGGCUUCAUUUUUUGGGAGCUGUCAUGCCAUCUGUCUUUAUUAUACAGUUUAUGGUUGUUUUGUUUAGCCACAAAAACCACUUGGAUAUGGUUAGGGUACGAUCAUGUGUAGCUACUGGAAAUGCCAAGAUAUCUAGUUAAAAACAUUCCCUUUUGUUGUUUACUGGUCUCGAACAGUGGUCUGCAGCUUGGCAGCCUCUCGCCUAAGUGUCACUGUCCCCUCCACCUCGCAAUGACAAAGUCAGCUUAUACACAUGUAAUCAGAAACACUGAGAUGAUACAUAUAAAAACAAAUGGAACAUAUCUGUGGUUUGCAGAAACAAACAGUGCCAACAUUUUAUUCUGGCAACUGGGUUGUGGAUAGACAUGUCAGUAUUUUCAGGGGUUACAAGAAAAGUGUCCUCAUCCUCCGUUUUAUUCAGCACAAUUGAGAUUAUGCUAGACCUACAUUAUGAAUCUUAAAUCAGUUCCCCCCUUUUUCUUCACGGGAAUUAUUUCAAGUGCUCAUUAUUUUUUCUAUUAGAUUUUUUUAUCAAUUAUGCAGACCCAAAGUGGUUGAGAUUAAUUCAAUAAAUGAGACAUUCUGAAGGAAAAACAUUUCUAUAAACAACAACAGACAAAACAGGCAACAUAACCAAGACUGUGUUGAACAAUCCAAUACAUUUUAUAUAUUAAGCACCUUAUAACGAAUGAAAUGUUAUUUCAUGCUGCUUAUUUUUUGUUUAUAUCAAUUCACUUUUAUUUAAGUCUGCAGUUUUUUAUUACUAUUAAUAUACAUUAUUAUUUUAUUUUAUUUUGCCUACACAGAGUCAGAGUCAGGUAGAGUCAGGUAUGUGAAAAAGGAAAGUAUUCUCUCUGAUUGAGCUAACAGGCAAAGAGGCAUGAUGAAGUCAAACAGCUGGUGAAAAAUUACAUUGUGAAACAAAAACUGCAGGAAAGAAAUAUAACUGGCCCUCAGUUAAUUCUCUCAUCAUGACAAUAAGCAGCAGGAAAUAACAAUUCAUAAUCUCGAGCUGUGUUUUAAAAAUGUAUUUUAGUUUAUUUAUUUGCACAAAUAAUACACACAAUAGAAGUAAUUUCAGUGUCGGGAAGAAGGGAAGCCUGAAUGGCUUUUUUCGCAAGUCCUUCCCUAUUUAAAAUUAAUUCAAAAACUGAACUGUUACUUGUCAAAACAAAACAAAGUAAGCAACAAACAAACAAGGAACACAUAGUUUGAAAAUAAUGUUACACAGUGUCAUGUAUUGGAUUAUUUCACAAUUUUAUGGUUAUAUUAUCCAUUUUGUCUGUUUAUACUUACAUGAUUAUUAACUGCAUAAUGUCUUAAUUAUUUAUUCACACUUGUGGUCUCCAUAACAAACUGUUAAUAUUUGAUUGGGCAAAUAAUCCCUCUCUUAUACAGCCGAGGCUAGUUUGUCAGAACUGAUGAUAUAUGCAGCUGUGCGGAAAUAUGUUUUAUUUGGUGUGAAUGUUUGGAGUAUCUCUCCAGAUGAUGCAGUCUGUUAAGUGAUCAAUUAGACUAGAGUCCAUGUAGAGAUAAUAUGACUGCUUAAUCAUUUCAUAUUUUCAACAUGAAUUGCCUCUAUGCUUCGAUUCAUUUUAGUCAUCUAAACAUGCUUCAGACAUCUCCCAUUUGUGAUUCUGAUUAGUAAGAUUCUGCCAUAGCGAGUCCUUUAGUUGUAACAGUGCAGUUUCAGCAGUAACACACCGAACAUCCAUAUCACUCUAAUCUCCAUCGACUGAAUAAGCACUUUUCACUGUGGUAGAUCAUAGGUUAGUACAUAUCUCUGUGUUGAUGUUGAGAAAGUUUCACUCUGUACACGUACUUGACCUUGUCCUCUGGUGCUCUCCCAUAGCAACACAUACCAUAUCCUUGGUGACCAUUUUCAGCGACAUCAUUCUCAGUGAUCAUACAGAGUAUUAAGUCUGCCCCAAAGCACUGAGACAUGCAGCGAUCACCACCCAGAACAUACAGGAACAUAUUGUUUUUCACUAGUUCCACAGCCGCCAUCAGUCACUGGUUUGUAGCUCAGAUGUUUCCAGGAGGAGGACUACAGUGUGUGUGACUGGAGCGGUUUCUCUGAGGAGUCCGGAGUGGCCUCAACUGACAGGAGGUCAAAGGUUAUAGAAGCAGACAGGGCUGGUUCCUGUAGCAUACCUCCGAGCAGUCAGCCACGGACGACCCCCCCAGCUGCCGCUCCAGCCUCAUCGCAACUCACAUGUAGUCCUUUCACUCAGUGUUUGUGGACAUGCUGAUCUGGGAUCAGCUCAUGAAGGUAUCCCUCAGUCUUUUGCCUUUAAUUGACUGAACAAGGGAAAGAGUCCCCCGACCUGUGCACUACACGUCUACGGAGACAAGAGUUUUGAAGUUAGUAUUUUUUUGUAAUUAUUGUUAGGAAUGUAGAAUUUAAGACUGAAGGUAUUGUAUCUACCAUCUGGUCUCUUUGUGUGAAUAUUUUGUGAUAAAAGAAUGAUAUUGUAAAAUGAAGAAUAAUUAUACUAACCUGAGUAUUAAGUUAUCUGUACAGUACAGUUCAAAUCUGAAAACAAAUUGACUGAAUGAGCCUGAAGGAUUUGCUGUAAUUUUAUCUUUUAAUCCAGAUUGAUUCUGCAAAGAUGGAUGUUAGCUCUGAGGCACCCUCAAUUUGGCUGCAGAUUUCUUGUUUUAUAUUCCCAAAAAACUGUUCUAACACACUGAAAAUAUUUUUUAUAGAGUCCUUAAUACUAGCACAUUAGUAACCGUGGUUCAGUGAUGAUUUCAUAGAUCAACACAUCUAGGAGUUCCUCUGAUGUGCGGGCCAUAAAGAUGUAUAAAAUGCACUGGAAAAUACAUGAAUUCACAUAGAAUAGAUGAUGAUCUGGUAAAAUAUAAAAUGUGAGACGCUUUAUUCGUGAAUUAAUGAUUUGUUAAUGAAAUGAAUGAUGAUUGAUGCUUUUUUUUGCACAAAGUAUGCUUCUUUUAUCCAUUUACAUCAAAGGUUUUAAUGUUUUUUUGAUUUGAUUUUGGUGGUCUUGAGCACAGUUUGAUCCAGAAUGACAUGCUGAAAGAAUAAUUCAACACUUCUGGAAAUACACUUAUUGACAUUUGUUUUGUUUUAUUUUGCGUUUUUUGUGCCAAAAGUUAGAUGAGAGGACUGAUACUUCUCUCAGUCUUCACAUGUAACUUUUGGCAAAAAAGCGAAUAAGCGUAUUUCCCAAAAUGUCUUACUAUUCCUCUAAUUUCUCUGAUUACCAGAGGUGUGGACUCGAGUCACCUGACUUGGAUUUGAGAAGGACUCGAGUCACAUGACUUCAAUUCGAGAAGGACUUGAGCCACAAAUUUGAUGGCUUUAGACCCCACCUGACAAAAUCAAACAAGGCUUGCAAAUGACUUGUGACUUCACUUGGACUUGAGCCUUUUGACUUGAAACUGCUUAACACUUGUUAAAGUGCACCAUGAAUCAAUUCAUUUCCCUUCAUUUUCUGAAUCAACUAACAUUAACUCUGUUCAUUCCCAGUAAGACGACACCUAAUUCACAAGAUCCACUUUACAGAAACCAAUCCAACAGCAUCCAAUCAAGUUGCGGAGGAAUGAGAAUUAUGAGGAACUAGCAUUAUGUGACUGAGCAUCAGUUCGUAAAAGGAAAAAAUGAUACCAAAGAUAAUGUUCAUGUACAAAAACUAUGCGGUGGAUAACAAAAAAAAAAUGAAUUUCAAUAUGCAAAAUGUGCGGGUUGAAAAUUACAGAGAGAGAUGCAACAACUUUCAACAAAUUACAAAUUUUGAAAAGCAUUCACGAUACUUAUAACAUAUUAUCACUUUGUUGUUAAAAUUACAUUACAUUUGGUAUAAAGAGCAUUAUGAUUUGUUUAGGAAUUGAGACUUGCCUGACUUGAUUUGGGAUUUGCCUGUCCUGAUUUGAGACUCGACUCAGGACUUGCCUGUCUUGACUCGAAACAUGCCUGCCUUGACUUGGGACUUGCCUGUCUUGACUUGGGCCUUGACUCUGGACUUGCUUGUCUUGAGUUCAGACUUGACUUUGGACUUGCCCAUCUUGACUUUGGACUUGCCCAUCUUGACUCAGGCCUUGACUUGGGACUUGCCUAUCUUGACUUGGGCCUUUAUUCUGGACUUGCUUGUCUUGACUUGAGACUCGACUUGGGACUUGCCUGUCUUGACUUGGGCCUUGACUUUUGACUUGCUUGUCUUGAUUCGGGCCUUGAUUUGGAACUUGUCUGUCUUGACUUGCGCUUUGACUCUGGACUUGAUUGUCUUGACUUGAGACUCGGCUUGGGACUUACUUGUCUUGACUCGGGCCUUGACCCAGGACUUGCCUGUCUUGACUUGAGACUUGCCUGUCUUGACUUGAGACUUGUCUUGGGACUUGCCCAUCUUGACUUGAGACAUGUCUUGGGACUUGCCCAUCUUGACUUGAGACUCAACAUGGGACUUGCCUGUCUUGAUUCGGGCCUUGACUUAGGACUUGACUCUUGACUUGAGUGCGAAGACUUGAAACUUACUUGUGACUUGCCAAACACUGACUUGGUCCCACCUCUGCUAAUUACACUUCCUCACUCAGACAUCUUUGAGUGCGAACAAAGAUACGAGCUGUUGAUGUGUUCACUUAAACUCAUAUCACGUGUGUCACAUGUCACGACAGACACUGCUGCAGCAACAUAUUUCUUUUAUGUUAUCUAGCAAACUGUACAGUAAACUCUAUAUCAUCAUGCACAGUCGUGACAUCACUGCUGAACGGCGGUGAAGAAAUUGUACAAACGGAAAUUUAGUCUGUGAUUUCCUUUCUCAGCGAUCGAUUUGAAGACUUUACUAGAGAUUAAUAUAUUGUGUUUAGAUGAUUUUAUAUUUGAGAAUACGUGUUAUAUUUUGAAUGAUAACGGAGAGCUCAUCAUACGUUUUAAUCAGUGCAUUUCCAAAUAACGUGACCUCAGUACUUGAUGGUGACUUGCCUACUGAAGGUGACCCAGCGAGGGCAUGUACGGUACUGGACAGCUGUAGCAAUAUUGCAGUGAGGUGUGGCUGUUUUAGCUGGUGGCUGUCAGCCUCAUGCAGAAAGGGAAUAACCAACCAAAGUGUGUGUGGAGAGCGUACUGUAGACUCAAACAACCUCUUCAUCUGCCUUCCCUAUCUCAGAGGGUCUCAUGUAAACCCCCUCUCAUUAGUUCUCUCAUUUCAUCUUAACUCACUAUGGUGUGAUUUUUCUUUUUUAGCUUUGAUUUUUAAGCUUUUCUGUUCUGACUUCUACCUUCUCAUGGGUGCCAUUAUUCUUACAUUGGUGUUUUCAUACUGUUUGUAUGCAUAAUGAGCUUGGUGUGUGUGCACGCAGCACACACCUCCUCCUCAUUCGAUGCUGCUCAGUUUGAGGCAGACAUUAACUAAUGAUAUUGGGGAGAGUUUUCUUGCCUUGUCUAAACUGAACCCUGCUUCUCCUCGGACUGUGACUCACGGCUUUGUUGUGAGACGGUGAUGACGUUAACAAUCUGUGCGAUGAUGAAGGUUGAGAGACACAUCACAACAGCGGCCUGGUAGAGGAGGUCAAAGGUGACUGACCUGCCUUGACUAUUACUCUUACUCCCCAAAUACACGCAGGUGUAUUCAGGUGUGAUUGCGGAUUCAACUGAGGAUGUGCUUCUUUUUUUUUUUUCUUUUUUUUUUUUUUAAAUUGUGUAUUUUCUCCCUUUAUUUAUACUUGUAUAACAUUGUCUUUAAAUGACAAAGACACAAUAAUGAAAAAAAGAAGAUAAUAAAGUUGUUAUUGUUGACACUUGGA